GACAUAGGUACCAGUCCAACUUCACACACAUCGUCACAUGUAACUGAGAGAGACAUUUCAACAAUCUCCCAAAAAUUCUCCAUUAGCAUUUCCACUAAAACUAGUAAUCAGUGUCUAGACGCCAUGAUAGUGUUCGGCGCAGUGGUAAAACAAAUUAUUGUAAACUACACCCUCACCAUCUACCCACAAAUAGCCAACACAAGCUUAAAUUCACCAAACCCGACAGCCCUACGCCAAGCAACCGGCGAUACAAACGUAGCGGUAUCCCUAUAACCUCCCUGAAGAAGGCCCAAACCAAGGGUCGAAACGUCGGAUGAAAUAGUAUCACCCCGCUUAUAAUUUAUCCGGACCGAAAAGCCAACCAUAGAGGGAUAACUCUUAAGUAGUACAGAUCUUGCAUUACUUUACAUAGGCAACCGCCCAACCUUCAUGGUAUCUGCUAGAGAGGAAGUGUUAGACAUAACGCUUUGCUCUAGUAGAAUUAGUCACGAGCUGACCAAUUGGCAUGUGUCAGAUGAAGAAUCUUUAUCUGACCAUCGCUACAUCUUUUUUGAACAUUUAAAUGUUACUUCGCAAACAUUGCGUUUCAGGAAUCCCCGGUCAACAAACUGGGAUCUUUUUACUGAUUAGGUUGCGGCCAAAUUUCAUGGAUACUCACCAUCGAUUGACACUCCAAUUGAUUUAGAUGAUGCCGUUGAUACUACAACGACCUUCAUCAUGGAAGCUUUUAAAGAAGCAUGCCCUCUACGGUCUGUGAAGAUCACAAGAGGAACCCCUUGGUGGAACUCUGAUCUGGCGAAACUCAGGAAACAAUGUAGAAAAAGUUGGAACAGCCGACGUUCGGCUGGUUCGGAGGUUUUCAGGUCGGCUCGCAAGGCCUACAGGAAAGUUCUCCGGUCUGCUGAACGAUCCGGCUGGAAAAACCUUUGUACAAAUGUUUCCAGUUUGAGUGAAGUCAGUCGGUUAAACAAAAUUCUUGCGAAAUCUAAGGAUUUCCGAGUGAACGAACUACGUCUGCCAAAUGGCGAUCUGACUACCUCUGAUGAGGAAGUUCUGGAAUGCUUAUUCAGCACACACUUUCCUGGAUGUGUGGAUAUUACAUCCUCGGAUGAUCCUGAUGUCUUUUCUUGUAGUUAUGAUUCUUUAGCUUCGGCUCGAAGUAUUGUAACUAUAGAAUCGAUUGAGUGGGCUCUUAAUACCUUGCUCCUUUCAAAUCUCCUGGGGCAGAUGGGAUUUAUACUGUAAAGUUUAUUCCGAAAGUGGGUCGUGCGUCGUAUGAAGAAGCAAAGAGUUUCAGACCUAUCAGUUUGACUUCUUUUCUUCUGAAAUGCUUAGAACGCAUUGUGGAUCAUCACAUCCGUGAUGUUCAUCUGGCCAACGUGUCUCUUCAUGUGAACCAACAUGCCUACCAAUCUGGUAAGUCCACUGUGACUCUUUUACACAAGGUUGUUUACGAUAUCGAGAAAGCAUUCGCUCAAAAGCAAUCUUGUUUGGGUGUUUUCUUAAAUAUCGAGGGUGCCUUUGACAAUGUGCCUUUCGAAGCUGCACGGAGUUGUGGUAUAUCUCCAAUGAUUUCCAAUUGGAUUCAUCAAAUGCUCAAAAUCCGAUAUCUCUUCUCGACAUUGCGUCUAGCAGGGAUUAGGAAAUUGAGUGUUUGUGGAUGCCCCCAAGGGGGAGUCUUGUCACCGCUUUUUUGGAAUCUCGUAGCAGAUACGCUAUUGAGGCAACUCAAUAAUAGCGGUUUUCCUACUUAUGGUUUUGCCGACGACUACCUAGCAUUGUUAGUUGGUAUGUGUAUCAGCACCCUUUUCGACCUGAUGCAAAGCGCCCUUCUGAUAGUUGAGGGUUGGUGUCGCCAAUAUGGCCUUUCGGUUAAUCCGAGUAAAACAUAUAUUGUUCUUUUUACGGAAAGGCGAGACCGUAAUGGCGUUCGACCUUUGCGUCUCUUUGAUUCUGAAAUCGAUGUGACUGAACAAGUAAAGUACGUUGGAGUCAUUCUUGAUUCCAAGCUUUCCUGGACACCUCACAUUGAGUUCAGAAUCAAGAAAGCUUGUAUGGCCUUCGGGCAAUGCCGGCGAACCUUUGGUACAACUUGGGGUCUUAAUCCCAAGUAUAUCCAAUGGAUCUACACAACUGUUGUUCGGCCAAUAUUGGCCUAUGGAUGUCUUGUGUGGUGGCAAAAGGGCGAUAUGAGAACGAUCCAAUCAAAGUUAGGCCAUCUGCAAAGGAUGUGCUUAAUGGCGAUGUCUGGAGCGUUCUCUUCAACUCCCACGGCAGCGCUCGAAGUUCUCUUUGACGUUGCCCCACUACACAUUCAUCUCAAACAAGAAGCACUAUCUUGCACUUACCGUCUACGGGUACUCGGUCUACUAGAGGAAACUCCUUUGAACCGCACAUCAACACACACCUCGUUGUUUCCACUUUUGGUGAAUUGGGACAAAAUUGCCCUUGCUCCAAGUAAUCUUACAAUUUCUUGUAAUUUCCCAUAUAGGACAUUUUCCACGAAAUUCCCUUCCCGGGAAGAAUGGACAUCUGGAUAUCUGGAAAGAAGUAUUUCAGACGGCAUCGUAUGUUACACUGAUGGCUCCCUUCUCGAAGGUCGAGCAGGUGCUGAUGUUUAUUCUCGUGAGCUAAGGCUGUAUCAGUCUUACCCACUUGGUAGACACUGCACCGUAUUUCAGGCCGAAAUCUUUGCUCUUAUGUGCGGAGUGCAAUCAGCACUUCAGCAGCACGUAAUGGGCAAAGUAAUAUACUUCUGUUCAGAUAGCCAGGCUGCUAUUGAAGCACUUGCUUCGGCCAACUCCAGGUCGAAGAUAGUUAUCGCUUGUCGAACUCAAAUCGAGGAGCUGAAUUCAGCAAACGCUGUUCACCUUCUAUGGGUACCUGGCCAUUCUUCCAUCGCUGGAAAUGAAUUGGCUGAUGAGUUAGCUCGCACUGGAGCAUCACAUGACUUCAUUGGCCCUGAGCCAGCUAUUCCGAUAUCGAAGUGUUGGGUAAAGCUUCAGAUUCACACCUGGACUGCCACUCAACACAGACAAUAAUGGAAUAGUUUGGAGUCAUGUCGUCAAAUCAAAUUGUAUUGUACUGAGCCAUCUCCAAGGGUGGCGAAGUUUCUUACAUAUCUGUCAAAGCAGAAUUGCAGCAUUCUGGUCAAAGCAUUGACUGGCCACUGCCGACUCAGCUAUCACAUGGCGAAUAUUCAGCAAGCUGAUUCAAUUGCAUGUGAUAGCUGUGAAUCCGAUUAUGGAACUUCGUAUCAUUUGAUAUGUAACUGUCCAGUUUUUGC